AUGCUACUUCUACCAAUACUCUUUGUUGGGCAUUCACUUGCGUUCUUCUUCCCGAUAGAUGGCAGCGGAUGUAAGUGCACACCCUGUCCAGAGCCAGUAACGUGCCCUCCAGGACCAAGCUGCGCCAUUCCAUUACCUUGCCCUCGUGGACUGGACUACGCCGCUCCUGCUCGAUCUGGUGAAUCAUCUCAGGUAACUGGAAUAAACUACAGUAAACGUAUCCAAAUGUAA